UUUUUACGAAUCCGCCAUGAGUCACAGGUACCAGAGUUACGUACAACAGAUCUGAAUCACUGUAUUGCUAUUCCAGAUAUAUUUAUGGUACGUAUUCAAGAUGAUGAUUAUUGGACUACCUUUUCACCUAUAGAUGCAAAGAUAUUACUAGGAUAUGAUCUAAACGGAUUAUAUGGUCAGAAAUUCAAUGAUGCAUAUAUUCGUUGUGAGGUGGAGUUAAAACGUAAGAAAACGAUCAAAGCACGGAAGUUAUUUUUUGAUAUAAUCAAAAUGCAAUGUGAUACUGGUGAACCGUUUUUGUUCUUUAUUGAUAAUACCAAUAAAAAAUCCAACCAAAGUAACAUUGGACCAAUCGUAACACCAAACCUAUGCACAGAGAUUGUCGAACAUACAGAAAGUAUAUCUGUUUGUAACCUUCGUGCUGUCAUUUUACCUACCCAUAUUUCUUCAGAAAAUGAAUUCGAUUUCACCGAAUUACAACAUUCUGUUAGACUGCUUGUAAACUCAUGUGACCGAUCAAUCGAUCUAACAUCUUACCCAUUAUCAGAGUGUGAAAUAGUGAAUAAGAGUGAUCGACCUAUUGCAGUGGGUGUCAUUGGACUGGCAACAUUGUAUAAGAAACUCGGAUACUCCUGGGAAGAUGAAAAAGCACGUGAACUUAACAAGAAAAUAUUUGCAAAUAUAUACUAUGCUGCGUUGGAUGAAUCAUGCAACCUAGCACGUGAGCAUGGUUCGUAUGAUAAUUACAAAGGGUCACCUGUAUCAAAGGGUAUCUUACAAUAUGAUAUGUGUGAUAGUGAUCCAUGUUCGGGACUUGAUUGGGAUUCUUUGAAACAAAGAAUCAAAGAAUAUGGGGUUCGAAACUCUUUGUUAAUCGCCCCGAUGCCAACCGCAUCAACAUCCCAAUGUGUUGGCACAGGGUACAGUGAAGGACCAUUUCCCGAUGAAUCGAAUCUGAUGUUCAGAGAAACUACCGGGGGAAGUUUUAUUUAUGUAGAGCGUGAGAUGGCAGAAAUGCUUAUAUCUAAAGGACUCUGGACUCCAAAAAUCAUAG